AUGCUAUCAUCCUCACCUCCAGUUACCUUUGAUUUGGCAAAAUAUCCAACCGUAGACACAAUACGACUCUUAGCUUCCUUACUCGAACGUAUGACGGCAGCCAACGAUUUAUUAAAUAAACAGCAACCGGUUUAUACUCGGUUUCAUGCUCGACUUGUGCCUUCGAUUGAUAUUUUUUCGUAUUUAUCUAGGAUUCUAAAGUAUUGUCCUUGCGCCAAUGAAUGCUUCCUAAGUUUACUCGUCUAUUUUGAUCGCAUGUCUAAAAACGCACUAGCCUUGACAGGAAAACCAUUUACGAUUGAUUCGUUUAAUAUUCAUCGAUUGAUUAUCGCUGGUGUCAUGGUUGCUUCCAAGUUUUUUAGUGACGUGUUUUAUACAAACACUCGAUAUGCCAAGGUUGGUGGAUUACCAGUGACUGAAUUGAAUAGCUUAGAAAUAGAGUUUCUCAAGUUGAACAGUUUUAAUCUGACGGUGCCUAUUAGCGAACUUCAACGAUAUGGAGAUCAGUUGCUUAAAGUGGGAUAUAUGGAUGUGAGACCCAUAAGACAUGUUCGAUCUACUUCCUUGGAUGUGGAUAGAUUAUCUGAUUAUACUCAACGUUUAUCGAUCUCAAAAGAAGAGCACAAGAAUCAUCAGAAAAAAGGCGUUCGUAGGAUGACGAGUGCUAAUAGUCUUCAAGAGUCCUAUCAUUUACCGCGCUAUUCACGAUCCAGUGUUAAUCUGUGCCAUCAGUACAAUAGUCCAAGACAAGAAGUGAUUCCUCCUCGUAGAAUAAGUAUUACGUCUAUUUAUAAUACGAAUGGUAAUAAUAGCAGUGGCAGCAUUAAUAAUAUCAACUAUAAUGAAAUUUACUAUUAUUAUCACCCCACGGCUACUACACCUAUUAUCGGUAUACCUACACCACCCCCUUCUGCUUCACCCCAGCAACAAUCAUCUAUUAUAUAUCUUUAA